AUGCGACGUAUCAAUCUCCUUGACGUCCUCUGUCUCGUACACGCCGUCCAUGCCGUUUCUUUCCCCUUCGAAGUAUGGCAUGGUCCUUCGAAAUAUGAAGCCGUGUCCCCGUCGCAGAGGUUGGAGAAGAGAGAUCCGAUUAGUAUAAAGAAUUUUGCGAAUUCGGUGUAUGUGAGUAAUAUCACGCUUGGAGGCGCGACGGUUCCUGUGAUGCUUGAUACUGGAAGUUCGGAUCUCUGGGUGACUGGGUCUGUACCGAGUGCAACAGACUCGAAGAAAUCUGUUGAGUUGCAUUACGCAGUGGGGACGGCAUCAGGCGAUAUUUUCUUUGCCGACAUGACCUUGGCGAACCACACCGUGAAGAACCAAGCCUUUUUGCUUGUGACCGAUACGUCUUCCUUCUCUGCAAACAUCUCUACUCAAGGGUAUCAAGGCCUCAUCGGUCUCGGACCUAACACCGGUUCACUCAUCCGUGAGAAACUCGACCGUGACGACUUCACAGGCGACGCAGUCCUCGACAGAGUAUUCCAACUAAACGAAACGACAUCCAAUUACAUCACUUUCAUGCUCGAUCGUAGGAACGAUCCAGGCUCAACUAUCACUGGACAGUUCACUAUUUCGGAAGUAGUGACGGGUUUUGAGAAUAUUACGAGCCAACCGAAGUUGGAUAUCGUUACUGUUCCUGGGUUGACAGAUCGAGACCAACAUUGGCAGAUGUAUACGGAUGUGAAUGGAUUUAUUGGGCCUGAUGGGCAGCCUCUUAAGAUCGACUCAAUAGUACCUAAGGCUCCUGAUGGGCAACUCGUCGCUGUCGUCGAUUCUGGGUUCACCUUACCUCAAGUACCGCGAGACGUCUCUGAUCAGAUUUAUGGACGCGUACAAGGUGCGGAGUGGAACGCGGAAAACGCAGUUUGGACUAUACCCUGUGGACAGAUGUUGAAUAUCUCGCUCAAGUUUGGUGGUGUUGAGUUCCCUAUACACCCACUCGACGCGUCUUCAAGUGACUUUGGACUGGUGGACUCGAAUGGAAAUAGUGUUUGUGUGGGGACGUUCCAGCCUAUUACGUCUGCUUUCAGCUUACUUGGAGAAUACGAUAUUAUUCUGGGCAUGAGCUUCCUCCGAAAUUCAUAUACCCUGAUCGACCUCGGGAAGUUCGUCGAAGGCUCCUCAAAAGACGACGUCGACGGGUACAUCCAAAUGCUCCCUCUCACAGACAAAUCAAAAGCCCACACCGACUUCGUGCAAGUCCGACUUAACGGUGUCGAUACGACUGGUGACCCGAAGUAUUACCUCCUCCCUGCUUCGGAGGGCCAACACUCCCCGGAAUCGGCAGCGGAGAAGAAAGCGCAUUUAGCUGAGAAGGUUCUGAGUCGAUGGCCUUAUAUCCUUUUAGGUUCACUGCUUGGGUUCAUUCUGAUUGUUGGGCUGAUCAUUUGGAGGUGCUGUUGUCGAAGACGCUGUCAAGAGCGUAGGAAAGCGAAAGUUGCUGGUGGUGCAGCGGCUACAGGCGAAGCAGGUGGGAUAAAAGGUGUAGGCAAGCGUCUGAGUGUCAGCAUGAACGCGUUACAGAUGAACACGCUCGGACACGGUGGUUCGAGUUCUUACCACCCCAUAGGAGGAGGAGGGGAACACGGACAGUAUUCACCGUCCUCGUCUUCUUACAAUUUAUCGAACCAGCAACAGUACAGUCACCAUCACCCGCCUUCUUAUCAUUCUGGGUAUAGCGGACACCGUGUGUAG